GCUCAAUCCGAGCACAGUUGCAGCGAUACUCACCGGAGUGGAACGCAGUGGAUGGGAUCCACUGAUUGUCGCCGCUGCGGAAGUGGGUCUCCAGACCAGAGCUGCAUCAACACACCGAACAAAGAAACCAACCCCAGACCCACUACAGACAUGAUCAUCAGACUGGGCAGACUGACACCUGGAUACUUCCGCCUCCUACAGAGACAGGUGGCGGGUGAGGUGCAGACCCAGCCACAGGACCGUGUGGUCAACCAGAUAGCCAUGAUGCUGGCCAUCAUGGGCCUAAGCCUGUCCUACUACAGUGCCAAACGGAUGACCGAGAAGGUCCAGAGGCUCCAGAAGAGAAGAGCUCCCCAUACCCCCUGAAGACCCCCCCCCAUGCGCCAGUCUGCUUUGAACCUGGAGAGAAGACGAACCAACGCAGAGAUGUUGUGGAGAGGAGACAUGGAGAUGUCGGUGUCCAGAACCACACCUUUUCACAACCAAUCAUUCAUAGUCACGUCGUUCACACACUGGAGUUUUACUGGGAUCACUCCCAAUGCGAGCAGAGUUUAGGGGCUGCUGCUUUUAAGGGUAUCUUGUUAAUUUUUCACACCAAUUUCUGUGUGUGUGUGUGUGAAGAAAGGCCCACGGUGGGGUUCGUGUGGUCCUGAUAGGGGGGGGGGUACUACCAGCUGUCUAUGGUAAGGCUGGGCCUGAGCUUUAGUUGUUGCCAAGGUACAUGCGUGCAAGAUGCCAUCAAUACUGUUCUGCGCUAAAAAGGGAUAGAAAAAUGCCAAACUAAUUAUUCUAAUGUACUGUGAAAUGUGCCAGUGCUCCAAGCAUAUGAUUACGUGUAAAAUAACUGAACAGUAAUUAUUUGUUAAGGGAAGGCUAUCUGCAUUUGAGAUGUAUCUGGUAAUGACUGAAGGCGGGCCCAUAGUGUGAGGAGAAAGUAACCCUCGUAGGUUUUUGUCAUUUCUUAUUGUUAAAUAAAAGUGAGCCAUGUGAAGUAGGUGUGGAGGAGGAGUCUCAAACUGGUCAAUAAUUCCACACAUGUUUAAUCUGUUAAUGUCAGACACAAAAAAAACAGUGAAAGUGAAAUGCAGUAUUUGAACGUUUUAAGAACUUGCUUAUCCAAAUCUAUGAAAAGGCACUUUAUCCAAAUAACAACUUUGUUUUUCCCACAAUGUUUCCAGUUUAAUCGAUUUGAUUCUUGAUAAAGAACGUUGGCUUUCUUUAAAGAACUUGGAUCUGCAAUAGCUACUAGGUGUUACCACAGAAUAUUCUAACUUCAGUAAACGUUACAUGGGUGUGCAGCUUUUAAUCUCUACAUAAAACUUAAGAUUUCAUUAAUACUGUCACUUUUAGAUUUUUAAAGAAUUAUAACAUGAAUGUAUAUUUCUGUGAUGUUUAGAAAAAUCAAAUAAAGCUGUGACUUGAAUGAUAA